AUGGUUAAGAACAAACCACCUGCAAUUCAACGAAGUAUAUCUGAGUUGAGCUCUCGAAUCAGCAGUAUAUCGCCCUCGAAAAGGAUUAUACAGGAAAGAGAGGAGAGUAACAACCAAAAUGGUGUUGAUGAACCAUGGUAUGUGAAAUAUGCUCCUAAGAAGCUAGAAGAAGUUGCUAUUCAUAAGAAGAAACUACAAGAUGUGUGUCAAAUUUUAGAAUCCAUGUUGAAAAGUAGUACUUACGGUAUUGAUGAUGGACCUCGAAUCCUUUUAAUGACGGGUCCUAGUGGAUGUUCCAAGUCUACAACUACGUACAAAUUGGCUGAAGAAUUGGUACCGAAAUAUAGAGGCAGUGGAUUUCAGAUGCUUCGAUCUGAUAGGAAAGGGAGCCAUGUAGUAGAAUUUGUAGAAACUGACAAUUUCCAAGAAUUUUUAGUAGAAGCCAAAUAUCUUCGAGGGCCUAAUCUUUCAGUGGUUUUAAUAGAGGAUUUGCCUAACAUUUUCCAUACUGAUACGAGGCAUGCGUUUCAAAAAUCAUUGCUUGAGUGGUUGUAUUCACCGGAGGUUGGUUCACCACCGCUUGUCAUUUGUAUUACAGAGUGUUCUCUAGGGAAUGAAAAUUCACAAGGAUUUGGUGUAGAUUACAAUUUUACCGCAGAAUCUGUACUUGGUAGGGAGAUUUUAGCUCAUCCUAAACUGGCUAGAAUUAAGUUUAAUCCGAUUAAUACCACUUUGAUGAAAAAACAUUUAAGAUCGAAAUGUCAAGAAAAUCGAAAAUUAUUGAUUCAGAAUGGUAAAUGGAAUUCAAAGGAUUUAGUGAUUGAUCAGUUGGCAAGUACGACGGGAGACAUUCGAUCUGCGAUUGCAAAUCUACAAUAUUGGGCAACAUCAAGUGUGGAAGUUCCGUUGGACACUAGGGAGGAAUCACUAACUUAUUUUCAUACCAUUGGUAAAAUUCUACAUGGAUCUCGUGAAUGUGAUGACAAUGAGAUGAUCAAUCAAUUAACAUUUAAUUCUAAAUCUCAUCUGGCUAAUGAUAAUUUCCGUCUUGGAUUAUUAGAGAAUUACAGUCUAGUCAAUGGGGGCCAAGUCCCAUUAUCAAACGUUUGUGAGAUUGUGGAUAGUUUGAGUCAAAGUGAUUCUAUGGGUAUGAACUCAGAAUCCAUAGAAUUUGCUUUGAGGAAAGUAAGAAAUCAACUUGGUUCUGUAACGAAAACACACACUUCUAACAAGGCCAAUUUCCCGCGAGAAUGGAAGAUACGACAAUUACAAUUAGAAUUUCAAGUCGAUAGCGAAGACUAUACGAAUGUUGAUUUUUACAAAUAUCACCAAGUUAGAACUAAAAGAGAUUUGCAGCUGUACUACACCCACUACGGUCCACUGAUAAGAUCGCGAAGAAACUACAAAAGGAAUUCACUGAACUAUUACAUCGAGAAUCUAAAUCCAAAUGCCCAAUCUGUUGUCACCAGCCAAAACAUGGAUGUUUUACAGGUAGACCCCAAUAUAGAUCAUUUGGAGAGGAUCGGAGGUCCCAUAAAAAGUGUAGAGGAGCAACAGGAAUUGGUCACUAAUGAUGAUAGUGAGAAUUGGAGGAAGAAUUCCCUUGAUCAAAUGAAACAGAAACGAGACCAUAAAUUAUCGCAGUUACUAGCAUUACAUACAGAGAAUGAAGCAGAGGAAGAAAUGGAGGAUUUUGAUGAACCUAUCGUGGACAGCGAAGCGGAAGAUGAUGAUGAUUCUUCGCUUUACGAUCUGUUGUCGCAGAGACAUCCUGAAAUCAACGAAUCAUUAUCUGAUUCGGAUUUAGAAGAUCUUUAA